AUGCCGAACAUCUCGGGGAUCUCGGGCGUGAGCGAUUUACAAGCCGUGACGGGUAAUCACGGUAACGUGUACCUGUUCGGCGGAAUCGACACCGCGGGAACCGUGCUCGAUCGGGUGUUGGAGUACGACGUGAUUCGUCAGACGUACGCCACGAAGCUGCCGCUCGACGACGCGCGGGCGCGCUUCGGCGCGGGCGCGCUCACGAGUGCUUCGACGGGACUCGUCGAUCGAAUCGUCGUCGCGGGCGGCGUCGAUUCGACUCAAAACGCGAUUAAAACGGCCGAGUAUUACGAUCUCUCUACUGGUCGUUCCGCGGCGCCGGGCCUGAGCUACGAUCACAUGGACGGUUGCAUGGCGAGCACCGGCGACGCCGUCUACAUGAUGGGCGGCUGGAGAGCGGUUGGAUACGAUUGGUUCAGCGUUUCUAAGGUUGAAAAGCUCACCCGUACUGGCACCGCGUGGGAAACUAUGGCCGACAUGCCCUCCCCACGCGGUGACUGCGCCGCCGCUGGUUUGAAAGGCAAGGUGUACGUCGCCGGCGGCUACGACGACGCGACUUUCAACCACACCGUGGGUUUCAAAAAGAAUCUCUACAUGUACGACCCCGCCACGAAUACGUGGACGGAAAAGGCACCGAUGAAACACGAACGCGGCGAUCUUCAACUCGUGGCGCUUGACGACACUCUGCUCGCCAUCGGCGGGGAAAUCAAGCAAGCCCGACCCGACGGUUCGCACGCGAACAUUGUCGCGUCGCACUACGUCGAGGAAUACUUUCCCGAAAAGGAUCAAUGGGAAGAGCGUGCGUACAUCGGUAACGCGCGAUUCCGAUUCGGCGCGGCAAAGUCCGACUGGGGCACGCACGUCUUUGGCGGUUCUCCAGUGUGCCUCGACCCGGUGAACGCCAAUGUGUACACCUAUUGCGACGGCUUGCAAAUGAGCAGUCACGAAGUCUACUUUGAACUCUCUCAUCCGGACGUGUGGGUCAACUACGACGCCGCGCACGAGUUCUAA